ACUCAAAAAUUAAACUAUACAUUUUGUAAAUUAAUUUGAAAAUUCCCCAACACACAACUCGAACAACGGAGGCUCCCUAUUUUUAUAUAUUGAUUGAUUCUUUCUUUCAUUGGAGGCUUUAGUAUCAAGAAACCUGUAAUUUUCUAACAUGCAAUGGCAACAUAUAUAUGAUAUUAUACUUAUCCGGCAAAGGUAUUAAAGCCAACCUUGGAGCCAACUGAACAAUGAUUUUCCACGUGCAUCAUUUUGCUCUGAUUUGGUAUUUUUCCAUUUGGAAGGUCACAAUUUCCACCCUUAUGUUCUUCAUUUGAUUAGCAUUUCUUUCAGAUUUUGCUGUGUUUUUGCUCUGAUUUUGCAUUUUCUUCAGAUUUUGGUGCGCAGUUCAGAAAUAGAUGUACUGACAUAUAUAGAAUUGAUUACAAAGGUGAAACUUAGUGGUUGAUGGGAUUAGUGAAGAUGAGGCUUGCAAGGAAGACACUCUGAUUGUCCAUAUGCCAAUGGUUACUUGGUAAGUGUAAAUGGAACCCUACCUAUCUAAUCUUGUUUGGUUGUUGAGAAAAUUGAGGGAUGAUAAUGGGACAAUAGAUGAAAGUAUGAUAUAUGUAUUGAUUAAUUUUUUUUAUUGCUAUCCUCUCUCAGGUUACAAUCUUUGAUGAAGUAGGUUUUUAAGCAUACAAAUAUUUGCAUUUGAUAAUGGGAGUGUUAUUUUUAAAUUAAAAAAAAAAAAAAGAUUCUCAUAACCAAUCCAAACAGAAACCAGUCUCAAAGCUGUAGACGUUUGCUUGAAGUUCUUAGUCCAACACCGUACUCGAGCUCUCUCUUCUCACUAUAGCUUCAAAUUUCAAAGUUCCCAUGCGCAUGAGUGGAAUUCUCUUGAAACCCAUCUCGAAUCUCCCCUACCUUCGUCUCUUACAGAGAUGCUCAACCAUGGACGAACUCAAACAAAUCCAUGCCCAUGUAAUCACCAGUGGCCUUGCUCGUUUCACCUACACCACCAGCAAAAUCUUAGCCUUCUGUGCAUUAUCCGAAACUCACAACAACAUGAACUACGCAGAGCCAGUUUUUAACCAAAUUGUUAUACCCACUAUCUUUGAUUUCAAUUCUAUGAUAAUGGGUUACUCCAAAAGCUCAGAUCCCAAAAAGGGUCUUCAAGUUUAUGCCCAAAUGCGAUGUCAAGGCUUUGAACCAAAUGAUCACACUUUCCCUGUUUUAACCAAAGCUUGUUCUUGUAUAUAUUCACUGUAUCAAGUUCAUGGUCAAAUAAUGAAGUUUGGAUACGGUUGUGAUGUUUAUGUGAUUAGUUCUAUUAUACAUAUGUACUCAAAAUUUGGAGCAACCAAUUUUGCUUGUCAAGUGUUUGAAGAAAGUUCUAACAGAAAUGUGGUCUGUUGGACUAGUCUUAUUAGUGGGUAUUGUAGUAAUGGGCUUGUCAAUGAGGCUCGUGAAGUGUUUGAUUCGAUGCCCGAAAGAAAUGAUAUUUCUUUUAGUGCAAUGGUUUCUGGGUAUGUGUGGAAUGAGCGUUUCAAUGAGGCGAUUGAGUUGUUUCGCAAGUUGAAGAGUUGUGCUAAUGUGAGGCCUAAUAGGUCUCUUUUGGUGGGUGUUCUUAAUGCUUGUGCGGCUGUGGGUGCGUUUGAGGAAGGUAAAUGGGUUCAUGCUUAUAUAAAUGAGAAUUUCUCAGAGCUUGAGCUUCAGUUGGGCACUGCACUAAUAGAUUUUUAUGCAAAAUGUGGCAACAUAAAAGAUGCAGAAAAUAUCUUCAAGAAAAUUCCCUACAAAGAUGUGACAACUUGGAGUGCUAUGAUCUUGGGAUUAGCCAUCAAUGGCAACAAUGAAAUGGGGCUUCAGCUUUUCGCAGAGAUGGAAAGAAGGGGGCCAAAACCAAACGCCAUAACUUUUGUUGCAGUUCUCACUGCUUGUAAUUGCUUAACUAUUGUGAACAAAUCAUGGAGAUUAUUCGGGCGAAUGAGUAAAGUUUAUGGUAUCUCACCAGUGAUUGAACACUACGGUUGUAUGGUUGAUCUUCUAGCCAGGGCGGGACAAAUCAGAGAGGCAGAGAUUAUGAUAAAGAGCAUGCCAAUGGAACCGGAUGGAGCUAUAUGGGGGUCUUUGCUUAAUGGGUGUUUGAUGCAUGGUCAUGUUGAGUUGGGGAAGAAAGCAGGGAAGCUUUUGAUCCAACUAGAGCCUCGACAUAGUGGUCGGUAUGUCCUUCUAGCAAAUAUGUAUGCUGCAAUGGGCAGCUGGGAGGGUGUGGUGAGGCUGAGGAAAAUGAUGAAAGAUAAAAAAGUAGAUAUACUUCCUGCUUGGAGUUUCAUUGAAAUUGAUGGAAUUGUACAUAGAUUUGUUGUGGAUGAUAAGUCUCAUUCUCAAUCAAGCGAUAUCUGCAGUCUUUUGAAUCAUGUUAUACGGAUUUGAUGUCAUUAUGUGAUGAAUCAGUGUAGGCAAUGAUUUCAUGAUCUUUCGCGAUCCUGCAAAGCUCAACAAAACAAUAAUUUUGAUUCUAAUUGGGGUCUAUUUCCAGCAUACCCUACAGAAAGUUUGGUCAUGGGACAAUACAAUAGGUUAUUGUAAGGAAGCUCUUUAAUUGCUGCUAUUCUAUCAGUUUAGGUAUUGGGGAGGGAUCUGAGGCAGUUGUGAAGAAGCAAUGCACUGGGAGUGCCAAACCUGGAGUUCCAAGGAGGGGAAUCAUAUUUGAUUGAAACAACAAAACAGAUUCAGUCACAUCGAUGAAUUAGAUUCAAUCUAGGGAAUAAAACAGAGAGGCCAACGGAGAUUUAGUGUCAUGCAGUAUUUUAUUUUUAAUUUUUUAGGAACUGUCCUACCUUUUGGGCAAGUAGUGAGAGCCAUAAUUAAUCAUCAUGAUCAUAGUUGCUAACAUCCUCAUCGUCAUUAUCAUUGUGUUAUUCCUAUUCUUUUUCUGUAAAAUAGUAAAUUAGAAUGGUUAGUUGGGUGCUAGCUUAGGACAGAGUAAGGAUGAUAACAAUGAUUAUUUAAUGCGGAGGUGCUAAUACGAACAUUCCUAGUAGGGAAGCCAAUAGUUUAUUUCAUAGUCUCCACAUGUUUAGAUUAUGUGAAACACACAGUUGAUGUAAAAGAAGGAAGAAUACAUAAUUGGAAACCCAAGUGAUCCCAAUUUGCAGUAAGUUUUUAGAUCUAAAAUUUUCUGGUCUUUAGUUGAUGUCAGGGGGAGUGCACUAGAAUUGAUGGCUAAAUAAGUCUCAUAUGCAAGGUUUUUUUUUUUUAUGUCUUCCUUAUAUCCGAUAUUUUCUUCAUCGCUCUUGGGUUCAA